UUACAUUGAAUGGAACAAGUGCUUUGAAAAUGACUCCAAAACUUCUCUGGACGGUCUUCAUUCUUGCCACAUUAACACUCACAACUACAUUUUCUCUCCAACCAGACCAGCAAAAGGUCCUGCUAGUGGCAUUUGAUGGAUUCCGUUGGGAUUACUUAUAUAGAUUUCCAACACCCCAUUUUCAUUACAUCAUGAAGGCUGGUGUUCAUGUGAAGCAAGUUACAAAUAUCUUUAUUACAAAGACCUACCCUAACUUUUAUACGAUGGUAACUGGCCUCUUUGCAGAGAGUCAUGGGAUUGUUUCGAACAGCAUGUUUGAUCCUGUUCUGAAUAAAUCUUUCUCCUUGGAUGAUAUGAGUAUUUAUGAUUCUGAGUUUUGGGAAGAAGCAACCCCGAUAUGGAUCACCAGUCAAAGGGCAGGACACACCAGUGGUGCAGCAAUGUGGCCUGGAACAGAUGUGGAAAUACACAAGAGUUUUCCCACUCACUACUUGCCCUACAAUGAAUCUGUUCCAUUUGAAGACAGAGUGGCCAAAAUUAUUGAAUGGUUUACAUUAAAAGAGCCUAUCAAUCUUGGUCUUCUCUAUUGGGAGGACCCGGAUGACAUGGGCCACCAUUUGGGACCUGACAGCCCGCUCAUGAAGUCUGUCAUUACAGAUAUUGACAAUAAGCUGGGAUAUCUCAUAAAAAUGUUAAGAAAAGCAAAGUUGUGGAACACUCUGAACCUCAUCAUCACCAGUGAUCAUGGGAUGACACAGUGUUCUGAGGAAAGGAUCAUUGAACUUGACCGGUAUCUGGAUAAUGACCUCUACAUUCUGAUUGACCAAUCACCAGUGGCUGCCAUCUUGCCAAAAGAAGGUAAAUUUGAUGAAGUCUAUGAAGCUCUAGCUCAUGCUCAUCCUAAUCUUACUGUUUACAAAAAAAAGGAGAUUCCAGAAAGAUGGCAUUACAGAUACAACAGUCGGAUUCAACCAAUCAUCGCUGUGGCUGACCAAGGGUGGCAUAUUUUACAGAAUAAGUCAGAUGGAUUUCUGUUAGGUAACCAUGGUUAUGAUAAUGCAUUACCACAAAUGCAUCCAAUAUUUUUAGCCCAUGGUCCUGCCUUCAAAAAGAACUUCACAAAAGGAUCCAUGAACCUCACAGACCUGUACCCACUUCUGUGCCACCUUCUUAAUAUCACUGCCCUGCCACACAAUGGAUCUUUCCAGAAUGUCCAGGAUCUGCUGAACUUGGCAACUUCAAGAACUACUGCUCUUAUGAACCGCUCCAGAUGUAUUAUUGAACAAAGAGAAUAUAAGCCAGAAUACUCAUAUGCUUAUUUCAUAGUACCCUCUCUUGGUAGCAUCUUAGUUAUUAUCUUUUUGGUCAUUUUUAUUAAACAUUUAAUUCACAAUCAAAUACCAAACUUACAAUUUAUGCAGCCUGAAAUAGCUCAACCAUUACUACGUGCCUAA